CUCGAUGCCAAAGGGCGCAGCGUGGGCCCUCCGCGUGCGCGCGCUCGCAAUCUACAAGGAGCUGCAUGGCCACGUGCUGGUGCCGUACCGCUACAGCGUGCCCAUAGACGACAAGCGCUGGCCUCGCGAGACGUGGACCCUCCCGCUGGGCAACAUUGUGCACAAGCUCCGCCAAUCGCACCCGUCACUGCCGCCCGACCGACGCGACGCGCUAGUUGCGCUCGGGUUUGCGUUCUCGGGGCUCAAGACGACGAUCGCAUGGUCCGAUAAAGUGCUUGCGCUCUCGACCUACAAGCGCUUGAACGGCCAUCUGCGCGUGCCGACGGCGUUUGUCGUUCCGGACAACGACACCAGCUGGCCGCGGUCGCUCUGGCGCCUCAAGCUCGGCGGUAUCGUUCAAAAGCUGCGCAAAGCAGCCCACACGCUCGACCACGCCAGGCGCCUCGACCUCGUUGCGCUCGGAUUCGUCUGGAGCUUGAAGCGCAAGCGUGCGCCACCGCCGACAGCCUCGCCACCAGAGGCGUCGAAGCCGGCCCCGCUGUUGCCGCCGCCGAUCGUAGAGAGCUACCUGCCGCUGCCAGCGUACGAGAGCCCAUUGGUACCACUGCAGCGAAAGCGCGCGUCAGCGACGCACUCGAGUAUCUCGCUCCAAAGCCAGCGCCUCCUCGUCCAGCUCGCGUCCUUGCACAUAGGGCGUGCCAUGCCGAGCAAGUUUUGCGUGCCGGCAACUGCGCCGUGGCCAUCGGACGCCCACGGCCGUACCAUUGACGUCGACGUCAUGCGCCAAGCGUACAAGCGAGGCAUGCUCGACCCAAGUGUUGUCGCAGCGCUCAACCGCGUUCGCUUUGUCUGGAGCGUGCGGCAACACCACAUGGAGACGCACUUGGUCGCGCUGGGAACCUUCCAUCGCCUCUUUGGCCAUACCGAGGUACCGUACCGGUUUGUUGUCCCCGCACCAAACGAGCCAGAUGCAAGUCUGUGGCCGCCGAGCGUGCAUGGCCUCCAUCUCGGAAACGCGGUGCACAAGUGGCGCCAGCGCCAAAGUCGACUGACGCCGCCGCAGCGCGCGCAGCUUGACGCUCUCGGCUUUGUGUACGACGCGACGCGCAGCCCGUACAUCGAGUGGUCGGACAAGGUGCUCGCUUUGCAAACCUACAAAGCACUCGCAGGCCAUGUCCGCGUCCCGAAAUCGUUUGUCGUGCCCGACAACGACCUCAAUUGGCCGCCACAGCUGUGGCGCAUGAAGCUGGGCGGCGUCGUCGACAAGCUACGGCGUGGCCUCGAAAAAUUGACCAACGACCAGCGCACGGUCCUAGCGAGCCUGGGCUUCGUCGGCAAGCACGGACGCACGCUGGCGUCCGAGGAGGCCACCCGCGUUGUGCCCAUCUAGGCGCCGCUCGAAGAUCGCAAUCGCAGCACAUGCAUUUUGAUCGCUGAGCUUCCACAAGGCAAUAAAAUAUGGCAAAUAUUUAAAAGAAUAACCGCGUGAGAGCAUACAAACGCAAGACAUAUAGUAAUUCACAGGCAUUAAAUCCCACUUGUUUUUUGC